GCCACCCACCGGAAGAUUCAGUUCAAUGGCCGCCCCCUGUAUUUCCAUCAUCCUCUUCUUCUUCUUCUUCUUCUUCUUGUUCUUCUCCACCGGCGCAUCUCCGGUGUCCACGUUCUACGACGUCAGCAGCAUCGUCGGUACCAGUCCUCAUGCCCUGUCCUUCGCCCGCUUCGUUCACAAGCACGGAAAAGGCUACAAGACGGCGGAGGAAACGAAGCUGCGGUUCUCCAUUUUCUCGGAGAACUUGAAGCUCAUCUCAUCACACAACAAAAAGGGACUCCCUUACAUUCUUGACGUCAAUAGGUUUGCCGACUGGACCUGGGAAGAGUUCCAGAAAAACAAGCUGGGAGCUGCUCAAACCUUUUCUGCCACCGUUAAAGGCAACCACAAGCUCCAAACUGAUGAUCAAGAUCUUCCUGAAACGAAAGACUGGAGAGAAGAAGGAAUCGUGAGCCCAGUGAAAGAUCAAGGCUCCUGUGGAUCUUGCUGGACUUUCAGUUCAACAGGGGCUCUGGAGGCAGCAUACAAGCAGGCACAUGGGAAGGACGUGUCCCUAUCGGAGCAGCAGCUAGUGGACUGCGCCGGAGCAUUCGACAACGCCGGCUGCGACGGUGGCUUGCCGUCGCAUGCUUUUGAGUACAUAAAAUACAACGGCGGCCUGGAAACUUCGGAAGCUUACCCUUACACAGGAGCGAGUGGUGGCUCAUGCAAAUUUUCCUCCGAGAAUGUUGCUGUCAAAGUCAUCGAUUCUGUCAACAUUGCUCAGGGAGAUGAAAAUGAGCUAAAGCAUGCCGUAGCAUUUGUUCGGCCGGUGACCGUCCUGUUUCAGGUUGUCGAGGAUUUUCGAUUCCUCGGCGAUGGAGUUUACACCAGUAAUAAGUGCGGCAAAACUUCUCAGGAUGUGAACCAUGCAGUUCUGGCAGUGGGGUAUGGAGUGAAGGACAAUAUGCCCUAUUGGCUCAUUAAGAACUCAUGGGGAGUAGAUUGGGGAGACAAGGGCUACUUCAAAAUGGAGAUGGGCAAAAACAUGUGUGACUGGAGAGAGACCGGAAUGGUCAGCCCAGUCAAGAAUCAAGGUCAUUGUGGAUCAUGCUGGACAUUCAGCACUACUGGCGCUCUAGAGGCAGCAUACAAGCAGGCAUUUGGAAAGGGAAUCUCUCUAUCCGAGCAGCAGCUUGUGGACUGUGCAGGUGCUUUUAACAACUUUGGCUGCAAUGGGGGGUUGCCAUCCCAAGCCUUUGAGUACAUCAAAUACAAUGGGGGCCUUGACACUGAGGAAGCAUACCCUGACACUGGAAAAGAUGGUGAAUGCAAAUUUUCUUCUGAAAAUGUUGGUGUUCAAGUUCUUGAUUCUGUCAACAUUACCCUGGGCGCUGAAGAUGAACUAAAACAUGCUGUAGUUUUUGUAAGGCCCGUAAGUGUUGCAUUUGAGGCGGUGAGUGGUUUCCGCUUAUACAAGAGUGGAGUUUACACCAGCAACAAAUGUGGCAGUUCUCCCAUGGAUGUGAACCAUGCUGUGGUUGCUGUCGGGUAUGGAAUUGAAAAUGGCAUGUCGUAUUGGCUUAUUAAGAAUUCAUGGGGAGCAGACUGGGGUGACAAUGGCUACUUCAAAAUGGAGAUGGGCAAAAACAUGUGUGGUGUUGCAACUUGCGCAUCGUACCCCAUUGUGGCCUAAAGAGCUGAGAGCAUGGAUUUAUAUAUUUCAUUGGAUUUAAAAGAGCUGAGAGCAUGGUUUGGAGUUUUGAUGCGAAAGGAAAGGAAAGGAAAGGAAUGCAAUUUGGAAUGUUAGUUUAUUUUUAUAUGAACUUGGUUUAUUUAUGUAAAGCAGAUUAAUAUAUAUUACAAUAAUUUGGGUUGGGUAAUACAUGAAAUCUAACUACAGAUUUAUUUAAUCAUAUAAUAAUAAUAUAAGAAAAGGAGAUAACAGUUGUAUUUUAAU